CCUCCCUCCGUCUUCCAUCCAAUCCAAUCAGUGUCCCGUCCAUCUCCGGAACCAUCUCUCUGACAUCCGGGCCAUCCUUUCCGCGGGGCCCACCCGUCAUCCACGCACGGUGGCCUGGAAGAGGCGAGGCGUCUGUGUGGUCCCCACCACCGCGGACAUGUGUCUGCCUGCCUGCUCCGGUGCUCCCUCUUCCUCCCUCACCUGAUCACCUCAGUGGCUGCCUCGGCCUGGGCUUGCUGUGGCUGUGGCCUCCUCGCCUCGCCUCGCCUCUCCUCAAUCAUUAGCCCAGAGAGAGAACCCGAACAGAGGAGAGAAGCGGGGGGAGGAGCUCUGCUCUUCUUCCACCCACCCACCACCUCUAGGGCAGCACAGCAGGGCUGGCUCUACCACGUCCACGACCACGAGUCAGUCAGUCAGUCGCCACCACCACCACCCGCAUCCAGUCGGUCAGCCAGCCAGUCCCACCACACCACUGGCACCCACCCAGCACCAAAUUAGCUACGUAGUAGGGAGGAUAGAGAGAGAGAGAGAGGGGGGAUGACCACCAGGCCUGCAGCAGAGGGGGGCGCCGCCGCCGCCGCCGCCGACAAUAAGCAGCUCGUCCCCGCCUCCAGCGGCACCGUCCGCAAGGCCCCCUCCAAGGACCGCCACAGCAAGGUCGACGGCCGGGGCCGCCGCAUCCGCAUGCCCAUCAUCUGCGCCGCUCGCGUCUUCCAGCUCACCCGCGAGCUCGGCCACAAGUCUGACGGCCAGACCAUCGAGUGGCUGCUCCGCCAGGCCGAGCCCUCCAUCAUCGCCGCCACCGGCACCGGCACCACCCCGGCCUCCUUCUCCACCUCCUCGCCAUCCUCCCUCCCCUCCUCCUCCCAGACCACGCCAACCGCCGCCGCGCCCUUCAUCCUCGGCAAGCGCGCCCGCGACGACGCCGGCGCCGACGCCGAGCCCACGGUCGCCGCCCCCGCCCCGGGAUUCUGGGCGCUGCCGGGGCGGGCAGACUUGGGCCAGCUCUGGAGCUUCGCCGCAGCGCCGGAGAUGAUGGUGGCCACGGCCGCCACGCCGGCCAUGGCGGGGGAGGCGUCCGCAGCCCGGGUCGGGAACUACCUACCCAUGGCGCAGGGCAACCUCAACCUGCUCGCCUACUUCUCCGGCGGGCCAGCUCCAACGGCCACAGCCGGACGGGCGGAGGAGGAGAGCGCACGCUGAACGUUGCCUUGUUUCAUAGGCUCCGCCAUCGGCUCACCACAUCUAUCUAGGGUUUUCCACCUUUUAUUUAUCAGGUUUUUCUUCCUUGAGACUUGUUGCUCCUCCUCCCCUCGGUUUGCUUUCCUUCAUUCCUUCCUUGGCGUC